AUGAACAAGCAACUCAACAUGAGCUCCCAGUGCAAUGCCGUGGCAAAAAUCGCAAAUGCGAUCCGUGAAUGUGUAAACAGGAGCUGUGAGCAAGGGAAGGCGGGUGAUUUAACCUCUGUGUACGGCACUGGUGGCGACGCAGCAGUCUCGGUGCUGAUUGUCCAGAAAAUGGCAGAAGAGAGCGCCGAAGCGACAAGCGAUACCAUUAAAGAUAAACGGAUCCCAAUUACCGUUACUGUCGUCAUCACAGCGUUGAUCAUCACCAUAAUUGCACUGGCAGCCAAGAAGACGCCCCCCUGCCCACGCUGCUCACCCCACGUCACUGCUGCGUGCCCGGACAGCUGGGUGGGAUACCAAGGGAACUGCUACUACUUCUCAGAGACUGAAGGGAACUGGAACAACAGCCAGAGCCACUGCUCUUCCCUCAGCGCCUCCCUGGCUUCCAUUGAUUCCCUGCCAGAGCUGGAUUUCAUGCAGCGCUAUAGAGGGAUCCUUUACCACUGGAUUGGCCUCCAUAGGGAACAAGGCCAGGGCCAGCCCUGGAAGUGGACCAACGGUACCAUAUUCAACAACCUGUUGCAGGUCAGAGGGGAAGGGCAGUGCGCCUACCUGGAUGCAUAUGGGGUCAGCAGCUCCAGGUGCUACUCAGACAGACAUUUCAUCUGCAAGCGGCCAGACGAGUGCUCUAGAAGGAAGCCAACCGCCGCAGGAGGGGACACAAUGUGUAAGAUCACUUAAAGGGUCAAUGCAGCCUCUUCAGUGGAUGCAGAAUUUACACAUCCAUCAUCUCUUGCAGAGCAUCGUACCUCUCCAACCAUUGCUCCCUCCAGAUCCCUGCUGAAAAACCAUCUUUACAAUGCUCACUGCACUAACUCUAGUGCACAAUAACUGCCUGUAGGAGAACACUUCAACCUCCCUGGCCACACAAUAGCAGAUGUAAAGGUAGCCAUCUUACAGCAAAAAAACUUCAGAACU